AUGAGUCGUGCGUUCGCGAGGGGGGUGCGCGUGUCACUCCGGUACGCGCAGUGCGGGAAUAGAGGCAGCGUCGGCACGGAGAAGCAAGCAAGCAAGCAAGCAAGGAAGGAAGGAAGGAAGGAAGGACGCACGCGCGCUGCGGCGUUUGGCGCGGUUUGCGGCUGGCGCCUUUGGUGGCAACGGCCAGGACAAGCAGCGGUGUAUGGUGGUGUGCGGGGCGGACAGGGGCGGCGGCGGUGGUGGCCUGGGAGGAGGCGAGGCGAGGCGGCGCCGACGGUGGCGUGUGGUACGGCGAAAACGGGACGGACGGCGGAUGUUGGAGAGGCGCCGCGCACGCAGACACAUGGAAGGAAGGAACGAACGAACGCAAGGGAACAAAUGGAGGGGGCGAAUGUGGAGAUGCGGGCAGGCGGUGGUGUUUGUGGGCAUGUGGUGGGGAGAAGGGCGGGGGCGGGAGGACAGAGGCGAGGCGACUGCUUGCGUGCUCGCCCGCUCGCUCGCGUGUCUUUUGUUUUUGUGUUUGUGUUUCCAUCGUUUGGUCGCCUUGGAGCCUCAGAGGCGGUGCGCGGCAGUGGGAACGCCUGCCUGGCGGCUGGGACGGCCAGCAAAUGCGGUUGGAUGGGCGGCCACAGCACCGCACCUGUGCCCAAGGAGGCGACGCUGGCGGCGGGGCCCCCUCGGAUGCGGCCGGCUGGGGCUGUGACAAGCAGCGGUGUAUGGUGGUGUGCGGGGCGGACAGGGGCGGCGGCGGUGGUGGCCUGGGAGGAGGCGAGGCGAGGCGGCGCCGACGGUGGCGUGUGGUACGGCGAAAACGGGACGGACGGCGGAUGUUGGAGAGGCGCCGCGCACGCAGACACAUGGAAGGAAGGAACGAACGAACGCAAGGGAACAAAUGGAGGGGGCGAAUGUGGAGAUGCGGGCAGGCGGUGGUCAGAGGCGGUGCGCGGCAGUGGGAACGCCUGCCUGGCGGCUGGGACGGCCAGCAAAUGCGGUUGGAUGGGCGGCCACAGCACCGCACCUGUGCCCAAGGAGGCGACGCUGGCGGCGGGGCCCCCUCGGAUGCGGCCGGCUGGGGCUGUGACAAGCAGCGGUGUAUGGUGGUGUGCGGGGCGGACAGGGGCGGCGGCGGUGGUGGCCUGGGAGGAGGCGAGGCGAGGCGGCGCCGACGGUGGCGUGUGGUACGGCGAAAACGGGACGGACGGCGGAUGUUGGAGAGGCGCCGCGCACGCAGACACAUGGAAGGAAGGAACGAACGAACGCAAGGGAACAAAUGGAGGGGGCGAAUGUGGAGAUGCGGGCAGGCGGUGGUCAGAGGCGGUGCGCGGCAGUGGGAACGCCUGCCUGGCGGCUGGGACGGCCAGCAAAUGCGGUUGGAUGGGCGGCCACAGCACCGCACCUGUGCCCAAGGAGGCGACGCUGGCGGCGGGGCCCCCUCGGAUGCGGCCGGCUGGGGCUGU